UAUAGAAUGAGUGUUACUUCUGACUCUAAAUGUGAGAACGAGCCAAAUUAGACUUCGAGUGAUGUAUUACAUAACACAAAUAUGGUUUUAGAUACAAUUUCUUUGGACACCAAAAGCCGAGGAAAAACUUAAAGAGCUUCAUGUCCUGUAAUAAGGUAACUGGAAAUCCAUUAGCACAUUUUUAAAUGGCCCUACACCAAUAUAAUGUAUGCAUAAAUGGUAAUAACUGCAUCCAGAUUAAGUAUAUUGCUUAUAAUAACAAAGGCUCCUUCAAGACAAUUGUGGUCCCCUUAGGAGGACGAAUAGUUGAAAGAAUUAGUAUAAAAAUAUGGGAAAAAAUGGAGUAAGAUCUGUACAGUAAUGAAUUGGAGAACAGGAAAAUAAGUCAGGGAGCGUUAUUUGAAUUAGCUUUAAGGGACUAUAAAUUAAGAGAAAUGGACAGAGGAAGAAGACAAACUGAUUCUGAAAUUAUAUAGGAAAUUCGGAACUAAAUGGAGUUAUAUUUCAAGUUUUUUAAAUGGAAGACCUGUAAAUAAAAUAUGCCUAUAAAUAUAGGAAAAUAUGGUUAAGAAUAGGUUUUAUGCUAAUCUAAAGAGAAGAUAUCAAUGUGAUCUAGGAGAUUCUGACGAUGAUGAUUUUGAGAAGGAAUCUGCACUUUCCUCUGAUGAGGAGAGAAUUUUACUUUAAAAAAGGAGAAAAUUACCUAAAUCAACAAAGGAAGAUCAAAAAUAGAAAAAAACUUAAGUUAGGGAUGCAAACUAAGAAAGUCUCUUAAGGAUGACGAGAUCAAAACUGAUUAAAUAAAAUGAUGAAAAUAGCUAAAAAUUAGAUGGCUCUAAUGAGAAUAAAAAUAAUUCUGGUAUUCAUUAUCAAUAUUCAUCAAGGAUUGCAAAAUGUUAACUCUCUAACCAAUAACCAAAUCACUAAUAUUAAAAGGGAAAAUUUAUUAAAAAUUGAUCACAGUAAUAUAAAUUCUUAAUUUCUUCAACAACCUCAUCCUAAUCAGACUGUAAAUUCAGAGGUCUAAAUAUUUAAUAAUUCUCAUUAAUACUAAUAGUAUUUCAAUAUGGCACUAUUGACUUAGUCAAAUACAAAAAUAGUGACGGAUCAAAAUUCACUUUUAUAUUUACAACAAAAUAAAUAAUCAUAAUUGCCUUUUGCAAUUAAUCAAUACCCAGGAAUUCAAAUGGUAAACCCCAUAUUAGGGUUUGUUUCUCCACAACAACAAUUUGCAUAUUAGUUGCCAUGUCAAUAAAAUUACUUUGAUUAGAUUAACUAUUUGCAAAAAUGGAAUGAAUUCUCUUCAUUAUAUAAUAAUUAGUUAUUGUAAAGUGGCCUGUAACCAUGAGAUUACUAAUAAGAAUGUAAACAAAUUAUAUAUGUAAUCGC